CGAUACUACAAGGAGGUAAAUUUUGUCAUCAGAGGUCGCUCCAAAUCAAUUUCAAAAGAAAUUGUUUAUUAGUAAAGCGUAUUUUUGUCUAAAUUAAGAUAUCGAUUAAUAUGGGUACUACAGAUUCUCACAAUGAUAGACUGAGUAUAAAAAACAUGAUUUUCACAAAAGCUUUACCAAAUUACACAAUCCCAGUACCAAUAACUGGCCACAAAGUAUUUGGGUGUACUGAUUGUGGAGACAAAUUCGUCUUUGAAUCCAGCUAUAAUGAUCACAUCAAUCGAAGAUCUGUCCAAAUCAGUUACAUGUGUCGUCAUUGUGGUUUUCCCAAAAUAUUCUACAAUAGAUGCAAUUUACUAUUUCAUAUACGUUCGCAUUCAUUUAAAACAGCUACGAUAAAUGUAACAGACUUGAGAAUCGAUCCGUUACCCCUUUCUUUUUAUAAUAUGGAUCUGAUUAAAACACAAGGGAGUGACAAGCCCGACCAAGUUACACAACCAAACCCACGUAAACAAUGUGUCGUACUAAAUACAUGUUUUGAAUGCAAGAAGAAUAUUUCCAUGGCGAAUUCCGCGUAUAAAGACCGCGCCAAACAUUUUAUGGAAUUUACUAAUGAAACUUACACUUGUCCAAUUUGCCUUUUCACUUUGCCAACUGUUUGUGGCCUUAAAGCACAUCUACGUCUGCAUUUAAAAAGUCCUCCCUUUUACUGUCCAGAAUGCGGUAUUCAUAUCUCAAACAAAAACGUGAACUAUCCUUACAACCAUGACUGCGAGGGAUUUAAAAUGAUGAGAGCCACCGCUAGACUGCAGUGUCCAGUGACCAAAUGUAAUCUUUUUCAUCCAAACGACUUUAAACAACACAUGAAACAAACUCAUUUAAAAAAGGUUUAUAAAUGUCAAUUUUGUGUUGUGGCAUGCUUUAAUGAAGUAACUAUGGCCAAACAUCUAAAGAUCCACAACAUGGAUAAUAAGGCAUUAAUAUUUUAUCAAUGUGAACUGUGUCCAGGUAGACUGGUACUUCAUAAUCUAAUAGAAAGUCAUUUAGGGAAUCACAUUCAGAACAAUGUCUAUCCAUGUUGGACUUGUGGCGCUGUUUGCAAUGACGCAAUUGCUUUAAUUAAUCACUACACAAGGAAACAUAAUGAUAAGGCACCGAAUAUUGCAAAAAUAGUAGCUUCAGUCAUUAAUGAAACUAGAACACAACUAGGAAGUCAUCGAAUAUAUCGCGUAGUAAAAAAAUGUGACCAUUGCCACAGAAGUUUCAUUUACAAAUGUCAAUAUGAUGAAAUACCGAUUCUACCAAAUUUGUGUCCAUAUAAAUGCACUAAAAGCUUAAAGAUGCAAUCGCAAAAUACUGAUUCAGACAAUGAUGGUAAUUUAAUCUGCUACAUGUGCAAAAUGGUUAUAUCUGAAGAUUGGAAGCAAAUUAAAAAACAUUACUCGAUUCAUCACAAUAACAUUAGAUGCUUGGAUCUUAAAAUAGAUCUGCCUCGCAUAGAUUUAGGCAAGUAUUUAAAGAAAAGGAGCUUGAAGCAGACGUCUAAUAAAGAAAAGUCAAACCCCAGGAUUAAAAGAAGCAAACGCCUAGGAAUGAAAAUGACCAAAAAAAGAGUUUUCAAAAGCAGUUAUGGAUGUAACAUGUGUAGUGACAAGUUUGAAAAUAAAAACCUCUUAGAAAAUCACCUAAAACUUCAUAGAGAUACUCUUAUGGCAUACCAAUGUAUGGAAUGUGGACAAAGUUUUGCCAUGAAACCAUCUUUCUCAACACAUUUGUUACUGGAACACAAAAUAAUGAAUGUUGACGAUUAUAUUCAAAACAAAAAGUGCUUUAAUGGAGAUGCAUUAGUAACACAGCAAAUGAACGUCUCCUACGAAGAGCCAUUUUCAGAAAACCAGUGCAAAAUUUGCAAAACUCUGUUUGAAAGUAAAGAAAUUUUGGAGAAACAUCAAUGCUCACAGUCUGGUAGUCUUAGUCAAAGAUAAUAUUAUGUGGAAGACGAAACCAAUUUAGGCAAGCCCUUAUCGAGAAUCACGAAGCUGGGAAAUCAUAAUAGACCAUUAUGCAAUAAGCUAUCAUUAUCGGUUUAAAAAUAGCCAGUAUUUUGAAAAAGAAUCUGGUGUAGGUAUGAUAGGUACUAUUUUGCAUGUUGUUAAUAAAGUUUUCUUUAUCACAUCAUAGGGGAUUCAUUAUCCUAAAGUGCUCGCCAAUAGACUAUAGACAGCCCUGAAUGUAUAUAGAAUCAAUUUAUUUUUAUCUUUGAUUAUUGAAUGUCCAUACAGGUUGUAGUUCCUGAAAUCAUAAAUGGUAGUUACAAGAUGUGAUUGUUAGGAAAUCAUUUCACUGAAACUACAGUGAAGUUAAUUAAAAACUAUUGUACAUAUAAUAGUCAAGGUGCAAGAAAGGGAAGUGUUCAUAAAUAAAAUAACAUGAAACUAAACAGAAAAUUAGAAUAUCUUGAAAAUGUUUAUAGAUUGCCCCUAUUACGAAGUUCAUGUCAAACUUAUGACUGAAACAGACGUAAUCUAUCUUUGUAAAUAAAAAUACUUAAAUGUUUAUAUGUGUGCGUUCCUAAAUUGUUCAUGAAAACUCAUAAUUGUUAUGGAUACUCCAGGUAAGGUUUCUGUCAUAGUACCAUUAACGUACGAAAGGUGCCGAGUAGUUAUGAAAUCUAUCUUUUUAAUACAAUUAGCGAUAGUCACAGCGCUGCAGCGUAGCGUGAUCGGGUGUCGGUAUUAUAAUAUGAUAUGCGUGUUAUCAACUUGCAGACAUUCACUGCUAUAUCUUAUGCUUUCCUUGCUAAGGUUCGCUACUAUGACCGGUCCUGCGCUGUCCGCACCCAGCGCAUACUUGUGACAUCCAACUGAUCGCCAAUCUAUGUUCUGCGAGGCCUAUCUACGGUUCUGGUACGCGAUUGCCAUUCGAAAACUUUUUGGCCACAAUGACUAUCAGUUCUACGAGAAAUGUGCCUUACACAACACUUACUUCAAUUACCUCGGUUUUACCGCCAAUUUUCUUAUUCUUCAUUCGAUCGCGCAAAGUAACUUCAUGGUUGUGCGGUCUGGAAAAAGGUAACGCCUUCCCGUCUCCGGCUUUGGGCGUAAUAAGAGGCAAAUAUGGAAAAAGGGCAUUUUUCUCUUUUUGUGCUUUUAACGUGACCAAUAAGUUAGUUCAUAGGUUUAUAACCACAUUUUGGGUUUGGGUACCCUUUACACGUUGUAUUAUUUCAUUAUUUUUCUGUAUCUCCACUAUUACUGAUGUCUUCGGUGGUAACAAAAUAGAAUACAUAUUAGUACAUAGUAAGACCUCAUAGGACAAUACUUUAAAAAAAUUACUUUGGUUAAUCUACUUUUAAAAAAACGGGAAAGUUGAUUAAAAUCAUCAUUCGU